CCCGCGCGCCUGUGUGGGGGUGGUGGUGAAGCGGGGGAGCGUCUUGCCGCCUGCCCGCCCGCCCGGGCGCGCCCCCGAGCGCCGCCUCAGCAGCGCCCGAGACUGAGCCAGGAGCGCACGGCCCCCGCCCUGCUGCCACCGCCGCGGGGAACGUGGAUCCUUGAUCAGGACUCUAGCAGAGACCAUGAGCUGUUGCUAGGCUCUAGCCUUCUGACUUUCAGUUUGUGAGGGGAGUUUGAGGCACCGGGGUCAUGGCGGACUGGGUGCUCCUUGGACUGAUUGGGGCAUUGCUUGUACUCCUGCUGCUGACUCUCUUUGGCUUUGCCAUAUAUUCGGGGCUCUUCUCGGAGGUGGUCGUGAGUACUGGCUCGCCCCCCAUCUGCAACAUCACCCUGGCAUACAAGUCGAAAGUGGGGCCCUACAGCGAGUGUGGCAAGCUCUUCAUGGAGAGCUGCAGCAUCUCUCCAAAGCUCUGCUGCAUCGGCGUCUACUACGACCACCCUCACACGGUGCCACCUGAGAAAUGCCGCUACAUUGUGGGCUGCAUCCUGAGCGAGGGGGAGGAGAAGCCGUCAGAGGAGCUGAUCCGACUCUUCAAGAAAUUUGGCUUCAAGAUCUUCUCCUUCCCGGCUCCCAGCCACGUGGUCAUGACAACCUUCCCAUUCACCACACCCUUCUCCAUCCAGCUGGCGGUGAUCCGUGUCCACCCAGCCCUCGACACUUACAUCAAGGAGAGGAAGCUGUGCGCCCAUCCCAGGCUGGAGAUCUACAAAGGAGACCGCAUCUAUUUCAUGUGCCCCCUGGCACGCCAAGGGGACUUCUAUGUGCCGGAAUUUAAAGAGAUGGAGUGGAAGAGCAGAGCAGCAGAGACAGACGAUGCACAGACAGAUAUCACAGGGGCUGACACCCUGAGCGAGACGAGCUCCAUCAGCCUGGAGGCCACGACCGACAGCAGAGAGACUUCAGUGGCCACCUCCAUCCUGUCCCCCUUCACAGCUGGCCGCGGGCGGGAUGAGGCAGACAAUCGCAGCGAGCACAGCUACAGCGAGUCAGGGGCCAGCGGCUCCUCCUUCGAGGAGCUGGAUCUGGAAGGCAACGGCGAUGGGUCGGCAGGGCAGCCUUCUGACCUGAGCUAUGCCGAAGAGCCGGAGACCACAAAGGCCAAGUGGGCUAAGGAGCCCACUGCUCUGGAGAAAGAGAAGGGUGAAGAAUAAACCAGAGUCCUUCCAGCUUCCUCCCCUUUAGUUGGGAGGAACUGAUCUGUCCUGUUUUCUUUCUCUCUAGCCAAGAGAUUUCAGUCAUCGAUUCCCAUUGAGCCCCGCACCCUUCUCCUCUGAGGACAGAUGUUCCGAGUGUUAUAAAGAAGGACAGCUACACUAAGGUGGAGCGUAGCUAGGAGCUGUUCCCCAGGAGCCUUUCACCCACUUGUGUGCUGUAGCAGAGAGCUGGGGGUGCAGUCUGUUUGAUGAGCAGUGAAAUGUUCUUCCAGGCUGCAUGAGUGUAUAAAUGCGUGGUGAGCUCUCUGCAUGAGCUGUGGAUGUGUGUGUGUGUGUAACACAUGUUCUCCCUUUGCCUGUCUCCCUGCUCCAUCCCUCUAUCUCCUCAAGGCAGCCUGGUUCUCCACUGUACAGAGACACAUUGACUGGCACCAAAGAGCAGACAGUGGUUUUAUUCCAUGGAAAAUGGAAAUAUACAAUGUAAAAUUGUCCUCCUGAAACGGAUGUUAAGCUUUUGGGAUCUGUAAUAAAGCAAAUGCUUUUCCUCUGA